AUGGAUUAUUAUAUGAAUAAAUUGCCUGGUGUUGGUAGAUUUACUGGCCCGCGACAUUUACAAAUCAUGAAGAAUGUUGCACCAUCAUUAACAAUCUUCGGUGCAUCUGCUUUAGUCUUUUUUCUUUAUGUCAGUGAUUGGAAAUUAACAAACACAAAAAUUCCAAUCUAUGGACGUAAAUUCGAUGAAAUGAAACGAGCAGCACAGAUCGACAAACAUGGACAAAAAGCUGUCGAUGAAGGAACUGCCUCCGAUGAUUAG